GAGGCGUCUGCUAAAUGACUAAAAUGUUUUAUUUUCUACGUAAACCGUUCUGAUGUACUGACCAAAUAGUGAGCAUUGAUUUAACAUCGAAAUCUGACUGACGACCGAUACUGACGUUUAUAACCAAAAAUCGACAUUAAAUCAAUGUCAGUUCUGCCUUAUGUUUUAUCACAAGCUUAUGGAUUUUUCAGACGCUCCCUAACCGAACGCCGACAGUUUGAACAUGCUCUCGAACGCCAACACACUGCCGAAGCUCUAUCUCUCUAUCAUUGAGGAUGUGAUAGAGAGCGUCAGAGAAAUGUUUUAUGAUGAAGGAGUCGACGAGCGGGUCCUUGACAACCUCAGACAGCUCUGGGAGUCCAAGGUUGUUCAGUCUAAAGCUGUGGAGGGUUUCAUCAAAGACAACAAUCCAGCCAACUUUGUUCUACAGUUGCCGUCAAACUACAGUCAGACUCUCAACAAACCCACCGUUGUGAUUCCUGCUGCUCAAAAUGAGCAGAAUUUCACUUCUAAAGCAAACAAUUGCUGUAGUUCACUUGCCACAUUCUCUCUUCCGCCUGGAAUAACGUAUCCUGUUCAGAUCCCCGCUGGAGUCACUCUACAGACGGCCUCAGGACAUUUCUACAAGGUAAAUGUUCCUGUGAUGGUGACGCGAGGUGCUCAGCACAUCUUGACCCGGCCGGCUCAGAACUCCAACUUGGCUCCUGUGGCUCCCGGGAUUCUCGCUCAGCUGUCUAACGCUUGUCAUCCGGCAGCAUCUGAUGGUCCUCGAUCGCACCCGCUGGCCGAUUCCAUCCCUUUACCUUCAGAACAGAGUGCUGAGAAAGCCCUGCAGUCACCAUCAGGGAGUCCCGGCGAGUUCACUCUGGACGGCAUCGACUUCAGCCCGCAGCCCUUAGAUAUGAGCACAUCUUCAACGUUCACUCCACAGCCGCAGGGUUUACAACCGCGUUUCCCUGCCGCUCAUGUUCAAGAUCCCAUAGAAACGCCUUUCAACGGACUCCAGAGUCUUGAAUCCACUGAUCCUCGAGACGCACCGACUAAAGACAGCAAGCUUAAGACAGAGCCUCAGACAGAUCUCAACUUCAGUGAUCUGGUGGACAUCACACAGCUGGAUGGAUUUGCUGACAGCAGCUCAGACACUGAAGAAGAUGAAGAUGAUGAUGAUUUGGGACUUGUUGGAGAGAAUGAGCUCCUGGGAUUGAUCAAUGCCAAUGAAGAAGAGGAGGAGGAGGCGGAAGAGGAUCCACUGAACUCUGGAGAUGAUGUGAGUGAACAAGAUAUCCCGGAGAUCUUUGACACAGAAAACAUCAUUGUUUGCCAAUAUGACAAGAUUCAUCGGAGCAAAAACAGAUGGAAGUUUUACUUGAAAGAUGGUGUAAUGUGUUAUGGAGGGAAAGACUAUGUUUUUUCUAAGGCGGUUGGAGAGGCCGAAUGGUGAAGUACUGUAGCUGGACUGUUAUACUAUUUAUUAUUUGAAUUCAGUUUUCGAUGCAGCCAGUUUCUUAAUUAGAUUAAAAUAAUUUGCUUUUCAUAAUUUUUUUGUCGAAUUUUAUGUUAAGCCAUAAUAAUAUUGUGUUUAUUUUCUUCGUUACUGUAUUAGAAUCUUUGUUACUGUAUUAGCUACAGAAAUUAUUUUGGAAAUCUAUUUAACAUUUGCAUAAAAGUUUCUGUUUAAUCAUUGAGGUAUUUCUGGCUGAGGAAAAUGUGGAGAUUUUUGCUCCCAUAAGUAUGAUUUUUAUUAUUUUGGAAA